CUUUCAGUAUGGGUGGCUGCAGAGAUAGAGUAACUCAUGCAAGACUGUGAGCUUCCUCUUACUUCCUGUAAACUAGCAAAGGCAGAAGAAGUAAACCGCUUUUCUUGUUCGAACUCAUUUUCACUUUCUCACCUGAAAUGUUUUCCCAGACGUUUAUAUCAGCACCGUGUGUCUUUCAGGAUUCACAUGAAACAGCUUAUUAUGUGUUUGCAGCUAUGUGAAGAUCAGCAAGCAUGUGCUCUCAAACCAGAAGAAGCUCAUAGCUGUAUAAUCCCACAUCCUUUCUACUAACCUUAUGGUCUAUUUAACAUUACUUUUAUGGAGAUUUGUCUGCAGAGUCACUGAGAAAACUGCCAUAAAACUUCAACCGGUGUAAAGAAUCAAAACACUAGACUCCAUCCAACUAGGGCACAAUGAUUACUCUUGAUAGCAACACAAGUCAACAGUGUGACUAUGAAAUCAAACUGGAACAACGUGCUGUAAAGCACAGAAAUCUUGGGGGUAGAAACAACGUGACAACAUGUCGAAGUCCAACCCGAGAUGUGGAUACGAAAUGGGUUAAGAAUGAGCUACAUCGCAAAAGGCAGGACGAAUUUUCAAAGAGACGACCGGCUGACUGCAACGUGAGAGCUCUGUUAUCUCCACGGUCAAGACGUAAUCAUGCACAAGAGCAAGUUCGUGUGACGCAAAUGUCUAGGUCCUACAGGCAGCCAGAAUUCAGCCCAGUAAAGCAGUCAGUGUCCUUUGCUUCAGCGAAUAAUGAAAAUGCACUGAAGAUUGACAGAGUUGCAGCUGUCCUCGACUCACUUCGUCAGAGAGAAAAAGCAAAACAAGAACGAGCUCUCCUUAGAGACAUGACACAGCUCACAAACAACCACAGGACACUACACACUGCUUGUGUGCAGACUGAGUCAGGCACUGCAACUGUCAAAGAUGAGGAUAUUCAGCAGUUGGCGACUUAUUUAGAGGAAGCAUUGUAUAGAGAGGAGGUUUUAAAAAAGAAGCUGACUGCCCUACAGAGAAGUACAUCGACACUGCUGCAUGCCACUGAGCUGCUGUGGAAGACUCGCUGUGAUGAAGAUCUGCUGAAGAACAAGAUCAAGACACUGGAAGCUCAGCUACAGCUGUGCAUGAAGAGAGUUCCUCAGGAUGGAAAAAAGGAGGUAUGGUUGAAUAUGGAGAAACAGAAGGAGGAGUAUGAGAAGAAGGCUUUGGAAGCCAUUCAGAGGGCUACAGAGGAGAAUUCAGAAGCACAGAGCAAGCUGCAGAACCUGCAAGAGGCACUACAGGUGGCCCAGGCAGGGUCAGUGCGGUGGCAGGAGCUGUAUGAAGAGUUGAGAGAGAGCUCCAACAUACUGACGAAGAGUCAGAAUCAGUACACUGAUCAGAUCCAUCAGCUACAGCAUCAGCUACAGAGAUCCAGGGAGCAGGAGGAUUCACUGAGGGAGCAGUGUAAUAUUCUGCAACAGGAUGAGGAAGAGCUCCGUACUGCUGUCCUUCUGCUGGGGCAGGACAACCAGACCCUGAGAGAACAGCUAGAAAAUUUCAAAAAAAACAAUCACGGCUUGUGGAAUAAUAUCCCAGAAGUGUACAAGCAGGAACAGAAGCAAUACCAGUUUGUUGAGAUGGAUCGCAGCAUAGCUGAGCAGCUCCACCAGACUGAGCAGAGACUCAGCCUAAAGGACAAGGAGUGUUUGGAGCUGAAAACUGAGCUGGAGAUCCUGGAGCAGGAGUGUCGCUGUUAUCAGACUCGUCUGGCUCAGUGUCGAGAGGAGCUGAACGCACUAAGUGCUCGCAGUAUCAGGAGCAGUAGAACGAGACGUUUCUGUGGCACUUUGUGCUUGAUUCUCUUCUUCAUGCUGAUGCUAACUGUAGUAAUGUUUGCUGUCUGGAUCUAUCGUCCAUCUGUCCGGGAGCAGCUCCGUGAAAUUUACUCUGUAGUGGAGGAGAGAGUGGAGGACUAUCUAAUGCAGGCAGCAUCUGCACAACAUUUGGGCCGCUUCAGACCUGUAUGAGAUCGACAGCAGCACAUUCGAAUGUAUAUUAGGUUUUAGGUUGAUAUUUAUUGGUUGUAUAUCAUAUAUUUAUAUAACAUAUAUUUAUUAUGAUAUGAGCCAAAAUACACCACAAAUAAUGCUAGUAAAAUGUACAGCGUGUCUAGUACAUAGAAAAGAUUAUGAAGUUCUGAGCUUGUACCUAUUAUCCAAGCAACUUUUUUUUUGGAUGUUUUAAAGUGAGACCAUGUAUCCUCACUACAUAAUCUGGUUUAUUUUUCUUCAUGCUUUUUUUCUUCAAGCUUUAUCAGAAUGUUAUAGAAGAAGGAUUUGCACAAUUGCAAAAUAGUAUUGUUUCAUAUGUAGAAACAGACUUUGGUUAAUUAAAAUCAAAAGGCUUAAAUAAAGGAUGCAUCCAGAAUUAAAA